AUGCAUUUAUCCAGCUCUGGUGAGUCCGAAUUCACUAAUCUCUACAUCUCAGCAAAAGUAUACAUUGUACCAUGAUCAGGCAUUUAGUUGCAUAGCCUUUAUCUGUAAAUUGCUUUUUAACAGGUGUUCCUUCUGGGCCUCGCAACGUGAUCUCUAUUGUCAAUGAAACGUCAAUUAUACUAGAAUGGCACCCACCCCGGGAGACGGGAGGUCGAGAUGAUGUGACCUACAACAUUGUCUGCAAGAAGUGUCGGUCGGACCGCCGUAGCUGCUCCCGCUGUGAUGACAAUGUGGAGUUUGUGCCAAGGCAGCUGGGCCUCACGGAAACCCGGGUCUUUAUCAGCAACCUGUGGGCCCAUACACCAUAUACCUUUGAGAUCCAGGCUGUCAAUGGAGUUUCCAACAAAAGCCCAUUCCCACCGCAGCAUGUCUCCGUGAACAUCACCACCAACCAAGCUGGUAAGUGCGACAACAGCAGCUCAGAGACCUCAUGUCUGGUUUUCUUGAUAUGCGCAGAGAAGAAAAUCUAG